UUAUUUCAAAUUUUAAGAACUAUAAUGUUGGCAAGUCAUUAAAAUACUAUCCACAUAAAACCGCAAUAAAACACGUUUCAAAGAAUAUAUUUUACAGUGGUAAAAAUAAUGCUACACUGAAUUUACAAAAAUACUGCUUUGGCGGGAAUCCUUAUAAAAUCUGUUACGCAACUUAUACAACAGCUCGAUUGCUUGAAAGCGAAACGUAACACUCGAUGCGAUGAUGCGAAUGCGUUUAUAGAACGAGUAGGUAGAAUAUCAAAAUGCUAGUUCGUGUAUUAUAAUUAGCGAUUGACGUAAGCAGGUGUAGUUCUAAUGAUUUCUUAUCAAAUUUAAUAUCGUUAUUAAAUGGGAAUAAAAUAUUUCGAAUAAAGCUAUUCCAUUACAUGAAUUUAUCUUUUUAUCUUUGUUUCGCUAAUCAAGUUUUGUACAGAAUAUAUAAAAUAUAUAAAAAUGAAAGUAAUUGAGCGGCAAAUUCGAAUCUUAAUUCGUAUCACUUUGUUUUAAACCAAGAAGCAGUAUAUUUUACGCCACCAACAAAUUUGUAAUUAAUACACUUGCCUUUACUCCAUCUAUUUCAAAGAUGGAACAUAACCUUUCUUUAUUCCGCUGGUACAAUUAAUUGUUAUGUACAGAAGUCCACGUAACAUUAAAAGUGUAGUUAUAGCUUGUUGGAUAUUUUCGUAAUAUAUGAAUUACUCUACAAAGACGUUCCAUUGUAUAUUGAUUGUAUUAAGAAAAAGUACCGGUACGAGAAUAUUAUUAAAUUUAAAAAAAUAACGUGUGUGAAUACAAUUCAAAAUGACUGCAAUACUAGGUGCUGGUAUGUCAGGCUUGUCAGCUGCAUAUUAUGCACUACAAAAUGUAAAAAUGACUCCAAUAACGAUAUUGGAAGCAUCAAAUCGUGUGGGUGGUUGGGUACGCUCUUUAAAGCAACCUGAUGGAACAAUUUUUGAACAAGGCCCACGAACUAUUAGACUCACAGGUGCAAGCGCAAAAAAUACAUUAGAGUUAGUAGAACAAUUAGGAUUAUCAGACAAAAUUCUCCCAAUCAAACAUAUGCAUCCUGCAGUUAGAAACCGCUUGAUAUAUUCAAAUAAUCAGUUACAUUUAUUACCUAAUACUUUUAAGGGUAUUAUAAAAAAGAAUACACUGUUAAAUCGUUCUUUGCUUGGCACUGUAUGGAAAGAUUUAAGAGCAUCAAAGGUUUCUCACGAUGAUGAAAGUGUAUACAGUUUCAUGGAAAGAAGAUUUGGCCAAGAUAUAGCAGAUAAGAUAGGUUCCUCUAUGGUUUGUGGAAUCUGUGCUGGAGAUGCACGUAAAAUAAGCGUAAAAUCUUUAAUGCAACCUUUGUUUGAAAUUGAACAAAAAUAUGGCUCUGUAAUCAAAGGUCUUAUAUUGGACAAAAUAUCAGAGAAUAGAAGGAUAGCUAAAGAAGUUGUAAAAUCUAAAUCAAAGUCUACGGAUGGUAGUCAGAUAAAUAUAAAAUCAGACAAUACACCAAUAAGUUUAAAAGAGAGAGCUCAAAGAGAAAUGUGGACAUUAUGGGGCAUUGAAGGAGGCCUUGAGCAAUUGCCAGUUGCAUUAGCUAAAAAUAUAACUGAAUGCGGAGUAAAUAUUAAAACCGGACAUAAAUGCGAGCAGCUUAAGAUUCAUAAAGAUCGUAUAGAAUUAACAGCAAAUGGAGAAGUUAAAGAAUAUUCUCACAUAAUUUCAAGCUUGCCUGCAAAAAAUUUAGCUGAUCUUCUACAAGACCAACAUUCAAUAUUAUCAAAUGAAUUGAGAAGUAUACCUACUGUAACUGUUGGUAUAGUUAAUCUUGAAUUUUCUGAAGAUAUUUUAAACAUAAAUGCAUUUGGAGUACUUAUCCCACCGAAAGAAGAACUUCCGAUUCUAGGAGUGAUAUUUGAUUCAUGUAUUUUUCCUCAAAAAUCCAACACAACAGUACUAACGGUAAUGAUGGGAGGGGCAUGGUUUGAGAAAUACUUUGGUAACUGCUCAUCUGAAGAGCAUUUGUUGACUGUAGCAGUCAAUCAAGUGAAGGAAAUCUUACAUAUUGAGGAAGAUCCCAAGGCAUUCAAUGUUUCCAUUCUGAAGGACUGUAUUCCGCAGCACAUAGUAGGUCACAUGCAACGCUUAACCCGCAUCCACAAUUAUAUCUCCAUGCACAAAAUUCCUCUAGGGUUGUGUGGCUCUUCAUACCAAGGAGUAGGAUUGAAUGAUGUUAUUCUGUCAGCAAAACAAGCUGUUUCUGAUAUCAAUUCGCACAGACUGUAAUUUAAUAAAAUUCAAAUGCAGUUUAGCCAGGCAAACGUUGCAAUGCUGUCCUCUAUGACUCAAAAAGUGAAAAUAAAACACACACACACACACACACAUACAAGAGCAGUGUUACAGCUAUGAAAUAAAAAUAAUCCUUAAAAUAUAAUUUAAAUGUAAAACGUGCAUUAUACAAUUCAUAUGCUGCAUAAUACACAAUUUAAACAGUAAACAAGAAAAUAAUGAGGACAAUAAUAAUUAUGGAAAGAAAUAUAAUAAUUGGCGACGUAAUAAAUCUAUAAAUGUCAUUUUAUGUACAUAAAUGUAAAAAAUAAUUAUACUAAAUUAAAAGAUUGGUGUACCUAAUAAUACUACCAUCUGGAAUAUUUUUUCAUGUGCCUACAAAGAUCCAUUGAUGACAAUAAGCUUUGCAUGCUGUGCAUAGAUCAGUUUUCCAAUACUGUCCAAAAUAUAUUCAGGUAUAAGUAACAAACUUUGAACAUCGUUUUGUGUUCCUAUGUGACACAGAAACAAAUGAACCUCAGAAAACAAUUUACAUUUCCAUAUACUUCUUUCACUUUGGUCUCUAUAAUGUAAU